GGUAGAUAACCGUAUAUACAAAUUUCCUUUGUCUACUGAUGAGAUCGUUUUUUCACCUAAGGAAACGAAUGAUAAUGUUUUCUUCUUUUUGAUGUACCUAAGAUAUGAAAAUCUACAGAAGAGUUUUCUUUUAAUACAAAGAACUAUGGAAUAAUUGUGUUUUAACAGGAACACUCAGGUGUAAUUAUCCAAUGAAAUGUCUAAUAGCAAGUCACGUGAGAUACGACAUACAUUCUUGAGGACACCGAUAAUACACAACCGAACGCUUGUGAAAUUAUGUAAAAUUCCUACUGUUUGACAAUUAAUGCAAAGGUGCAUUUUAAGUUAUUGUAAGAUAAUUUAUUUGACAAUAUUUGAGCGUGAAUUUCAUUGAGAAAUGUCAUCACAAGGUUCUCAGAGAGGACGGGUAAAUUUGUCACCCUCUGCGAUGCCAUCCAUGAUGAGACCUAUGAAAGCAGUGAAGCCGUUCACGUUGAAAGGCAGCCCUACUAGAAAAAGUCCGGUUUGUUCGCCAACACCGAUUGCAAUUGGUCAUCGGAAUUCACCAGAACGAAAGUCGCCUAUUUCGCCAAGUUUUAAAGUAGAGAAACCCCGUGCAGUGAGAAGUAAUGGGAGUCCAUCAUUAAGAAGAGCUGGAUCACUGGAAGCUAUCUACAAUUCUUAUCUGAGUGGUAAAUGGCCUACUCCAGAAGUUUUAUCGUCACAUUUUAUGGUGGAUCAGACUACCCAGACCCCAGAUGAUUGGGAAAUAAACAAUCAACAGAAAACAAAAAAGAAAAAGAAAAGCCAUGGACGAUCCGCAUCAUUUGGGCAAGGAGAUCAUGUUGCCAAUGCUAAAAAUAUUCAUUAUAUAAAGCAUAGAUUACAGAAGACUAAAGAAGGGAGUAGACAGAACGGUAAACAAAGUCCAGUCCCAGGUAAUCAUCAGGCAUUAUCUUCAACAGCUCCAGCUGCCUUGCAGGGCUUACAGAGGGCAUCUAAACCACAGGGCAUUCCUAAUCACAUUCCUAAGUCUAGUAAUCUGUCUAGAUAUCAACGUAACAGUGUAGAGGGAUUGAAUACAGAGAUAGAGAAGCUAGUACUACACAACAGAGAAGAAGAAUUGGACAGGGUAUGCUCCCCUGAUACAUUGAUAUCUAUACUGUCACAGUUUGCAUAUGAUAUUCCUGAUGGACAUAAAGCUCCCUGUCCUGAACUUGUAAACAGAGGUAGUAGUACCAGAAGUAUAGAUACCCAGACACCAGGAACAGGAAAUCUCAGCGACAACAGUUCUGGUAGUAGAUCUCAUUCAGUUAGUCCAGCCAUUCCAAUAAUUCCAGGUCAUAUGGAUUCAUCCCGUCCAUCUAGUGAAUCUUCACCAAGGCGUCCAUCUAGUGAUUCUUCACCUAGGCGCCCAUCCAGUGAAUAUUCACCAAGAGAAAUGGAAAAAGUGGAAGGAUGUGAAUCUCCAGAUAGUUUACAAAAGAAAAUAUCUAGUCCAGGACCAAAUAAUUCCUACUUGUUUGUAAGAGAACCACCAGAUGGCUGUGAAAAGGUCAAAGUUAUUGAUGAAGAUACGAAAAGUCAUCCGAUCAUUAAAGAACCAUUGUUGUAUUGUCCAAUCAAGCCAUCACAAUUUAUUUUAAAGCCAAGUGUUGAUUCAGCAUUUUGUCCAUUACGCAAGAUGUAUACACCAGAAGUUACAAUUAAAUCUCAGGGAACACAGAGCACCCAGACGUCUACCUCUGUUAGCCAAUGAAAUCAGUGCUCAAUUCCUGGUUCAACAUUCAAUUCUCCAUUUAAAAAAAAAUUAUAAAUCAUAAGUAGGAAUUGUAUUAAUGAUUUUUGUUUCACCAAGAAAAUCAACUAGGAGGAUUUGUUUUGGUCAAAACUACAACCAUGAAUUUAAGUUACAUGUGACAAAUUUUUCCAUCAAGUGCUUUUGUUAAACCUCAGGUGUAUUUUGAUAAGAAUCUAAAGAUGGAGUUUAUUAUAAUUUUAUUCUCCUUUUAAAUAGAAGUAUAAAUAGUAGCAUAGAUAGUGCUUAUUGAUUGUAUUUUAUCCCAAAUUUUCCAUUUGUUCACAUAUAAGAAAUUAUUUUAAGUACAUAUACAUGUGUAAAAAGGACUAGUUUUUAGUUUGAAAAUAUUGAAUUAAAAAGUUGAAGAAAAUAGAACAUUUCAAGUGUUUAUAAUUUAUUUAAGUACACAAGAUCAUUUUAGAAGUUCACAGUAGUAAAGAAAGCUUCAUUAUUUCUUUAUAAAACAUUAUUUAUUGCAAUAAUAUUUUUACAAAUCUGCUUUAAUAAAAUAAGUGUUUUCCUUAUAUUGUUGAAGAAUAUAUAGAUAUUUGCCAUCAAAUGAUAUAAUUGAAAUAUGAAUAAAAAUGUGAAUAUUUGUUAUUAUUUAACAUUUUAGUGUGCACAUAAUCAAUCAUGGCUGUAAAUCAUUAAUAUUUUGACAUACAAGUUAUUAAAUAGGUCAGUCAAAUGUGUCUCGUUGUAACCGUCCACUUAUGUUAAAUAUUUUAUAUACAUCUCUUUAUACUAGUGAUAUGUUUGAUCUAUGCUGUUAGUCAAAAAACAAACAUAAAUGUACAUGUGAAAUAUUUGUUCUGUAUUAUAAAUAAAAGUGGGUUUUUUUUUCUAUAUUAUAAACUCAUUAUCUCUUUGUAUUGCUGACAUCUCUGUGAAAGGGUGAUGUUUUAUUUCAUCAAGCUGAAAAUCUUGUUUGCUUAAAAUAAGCUUAAUUUUUUUUUACACACUUCACAGCAGUAGAUAUAAAUGAUUUAUUUUGAUCUGGAGGUGAACUUUAUAAUUGCACCUAUUUUAACAAAGUUUCAGCUGUCAUAUUUAAGGCUUAUCCUAACAGUAUACAUGUAUGAUGUAGAUUUAGGUGAAAAAUUCCUUUCAUGCAGCUAUCAAGUUUAACUAGAUAGCAAUGACAUUAUCUCUUCCAAAUCUUAUACCAAACUUUUUAUCAUUUAUGGUGUGUACACAUGCUGUAUUAGUUUACUUUUGACAUACUUUUUUUUUUACAAUAUGCAUUCCUGGAUACAGACAUUAUCACUUAUGCACUAAAUUCAAAUAUAAAAGAUUGAAGUUAAAAGUUUAAAUAAAAUCAGUUGUACCAAAAAAAUGGUGUUUUCAGAUUUGUUUUUUUUUUUUUUGAGAAUGAAAUAAAGUAUUCAGAAUAAGUAUGGAUACAAUUGUUCUCGGUGCAUUUCAAAGUUAAGGAAUUUUAAUUUUUUAUAAGUGUCUCUAAAUCAGUCUUUGAAGUUUCUGACCAGCAUCGAUAAUGUUUUAGAUGAAUGUCUUUUAGAACAGUAUAUUGUUUUUAAAGGAUUAUUGCUAUAUUUCCAUUCCUGCCAUUUAUCAAAUGAAUAUAUACAAUCGUUUCUUCAGGGAUCAUGCUUGUUCAUGUAUCAGGUAGGGCUGUGUAGAAUCUCAUAUAGAUGAACAAGACAUUGUCACUACAGAUCUAGAUAUACACUAUAUUGUUUAAUUUAUGUCUGAUGUAAAUUUGACUGUUUUCUAUUUUGAUUCUUUAUAAAUGCACAUGAAAUAAAAAUCAAUUGCAAAAGUGUUGUGGGAUUCGAUUCUAAACGGAACAAAUUUUGACUGAUACAAGAAAAUUUGGCAAGUUUCCUCUAUCUGACCAGUUCAUUCUGUUAGAACUAAUUCAGCUUUUAGAACCAAAAAUGAACGAUUUGACUGUCGUCACUAUAAACUCUGUUAAAGCGCAUGAAUCGCUUAUAAUUUUCAAAUUAUGACUCACUUUACAAUCAUUGAGUAAAAUUAUAUAGAACAAUAGAACAGUUGUGUUAAAUCAUUAUACAAACUUUGCAAUGAUAGUAUAAAGAUGGUACACAAACGGAAAACUAUCAAUGAUAAUGUCAGUUUUGACUUUGUCUUCUUCAUCAAAUUUAGUUGUGUUCAGUUCAGUAUUGUACAUUGCACUAGUCUUCUCUGUUUUCCAUCCAAUAUUUUUUCUGACACCCAUUUUGUAUAUUUUUAUGAACAAUAUGUAACUAUUUUUCGUAUAUCCCUUUGUGCCAUAACAGUGAUGACAUAUCUCUGUUGUAGUAGAUGUUGGUUAUCAAUAUUUGAGUAUUUGUAUAUGGAAAUGCACAAUAACUGAAGGUCUUCAUAAAGAUAUAGAGGACAGAAUUAGAAAAUAUGAACUCACUUGCAGGAAAUUCUAUGGCAUUUUAAAGCAUAUUUUUAUAUUGUAAUCAUCUCUUGUUCAUUUUUUUCAUCAUUUAAGAUUCCCACCUUGCUCCAACAUAUAUUAUAUGUAAUAUAUUUAGUACUUGCAAUAUAUUGUGAUUUAGUGAGAAAAUCUUUUUUAACAAAAGUUUGCAGUUUUUUUUAUAUACUAAAAUUACAGUAAAACCUUGAAAUGUGGAAGGGACCUGUCCUAGCUAUUUGAAUUUAUCUGAGAUUUGUGUCAUUCUAGCUGCUACAAACAUAUUUUUCCUGUUUCAAUUUUUGUUUACCAUGUAUUAACAACCUUGUAUGUUAUUGUUGGAAAAUGCUUUAUGUUGCAAUCCAUUUGCAUUGAUUAUAUGAAAAAAAAAUGGUUCAAAAAGUGACUUAAGAAAAUUAUCUUGUCUAAACUAUUUUUGCAUUGCAUGUAGAUCUCUAGCUAUUUUUUUGGUACAUUAGUAUAUACUGAUGACUUACAGAUCAAGUUUUCAUUUCAAUUCAUUUCAGAUUCCGUUUCCAAAAUUUUUGCAAUACGGCUGCAGGCUAGGGAAUUCAUGUUGGCUUGGGUUUUCAAAUUUCUUUUUAAUUAUCUUUUAUAAAAUGUGUUACACAAUUUUCUAAUUGAUCAAUCUGACAUCAAAAGGUACUAUAAUUAUGCCAUUCUGAUUGCAAUUCAUACAAACUGAUUUGCAUGGAUUAAAUUGAAAUACAAUAAAAACAUACAAUUUUAAUAUUGGGCUCAAUAUUUCAAAACUAUUAUAUUUUCUUUUCCUUCUAAAUUUUCUUGUACUUUGAACAUCAGCAGAUCAGUGCUAUUUUAUGUUCAAUUUAUUUUAUGGGGACUUCGAAAUGUACUUAAGGUUACAGAGAUUUGGAAUCUACCCAGUUAGACUCAUCCAAGUUUAAAAACAUUGAAAAAAAUCGAAAUUUUAAAGGACACUAAAUUCCUUUACUUUUCAUAGUUUUGGACAUGCAGGUUCCACUGUAUUAUUGUAAGAACUAAUGCUACAGCUUUUAUAGUCAUUACAGCAAAGCCAUUUAUAAAAUAGUAAAAUCACCUUAUACACCAAAAAACAAUAGUAAUUUUCCUCAGUAGGCAAUAUUGUCCAAAAGAUUAAAAAGUUUUCUAAGCAAAGAAGUUACAGUAGUCUAAUUCAGGAAGCAUGCAAAUAUUUAACAAAUCUUUAUAUAUUAAACUUUUAAAACUAAAUUAUUGACUUAAGUUGGGGAAAACCUUAUUUUUUUAAAAACAUAUAUAUAUAUAUAUAUCAAUGAAAAAUCCAUAGUGAUACCUGGAUAACCUGCUGUAUCAACACGCCAUUAAUAUUAGUCCAUCAGGCAAUCGAAGUUGUUAAAGCAUAUGAAACAUUUUUUGCCUGGUUUUAUUCUCUAUACAUAGGUACUACAAACUUUUCUCUGUAUGUUUUUUGUAAUUUAAAUGUUAUGUUGCAAGAAAGCCCUUUACUUAGGUGAUUUUUAUGUGUUUCUUCUGUUUAGUAAUUUAAUUUAUCUAUUUAUUUAUAACAAAAUGGCAUGAUAUUUGGUAGUGCUAUGUGAAGCUGCCUUUCUAUUUAUAUAUAGACUUCUCCUGUUGAAUUUUCCAGUAACACAGAAAGUAUGUAUUCCUGUCAAUUUAUUUGUUUGCAAAGCAAACAUGUUUAAAUGGAAUACUAAAGGUUGUAAGAGAAGAUUGAUUUUGUGUGACUAGAUAAUUCACUUGGAAAUUGAUAGUUUAUCAUAAAUGCUUAUUGUAAGAUGUUUACCAUUAAUGCUUACUGAACAUUGUCAAUAAAAUUAAAUAUUGUAAUUAACUCUUUCUUUCAGGUUACGUAAGUUUGGAUUUUUUUUAAAAUAACAUUAUCCCUGGAGAAGGACUUUAAGCAUGUACGAUAAACUUUAAUGAUAGUUUGUGUCUAUUUAUUUGUUAAAGAUUUGUUAAGACUGAUACUGUACAUAGUUAUGUUGUAUAUUUUGUUUGAAAAAGAAUAAAUUGUUAUCUUUUCUAAA